AAUGAGCUGAAACUUUGGUGCAAAGAUAGACUUCACAAAGAGCAGAGUCAUGGCGAUGAUGGACAAUACAGCUUUUUUACUCUCUCAUAUACGUAAUUCAUUUAUAACAAGUGAUGAUACGGGCAUGUGUGAAUUAAUCAUUGAGAAUGAUGAAGCUGACAGAGAUACAAAAAAAUCAUCCAGGCUAGAUGGAUCCCUAACUGACAGUGGUACAGAGUUUUCAGAUCAUGAACUUUCUACUUCUUACGACAUCCUUCCAGACAUGGGAUAUGGACAUAGAUUAAGAUCCAAUACUGCACAGAGACUGGAAAGAUUAAAGAAGGAGAAGAAAAGUCAACGAAAAGUGAAAAAUAUCUCAUGGCGCGACUGUCCAUCCGAUUACACAGCUGAAGAUAAAGGUCAUUUGUUUGAAAAGAAGUCUCUGCCCUACCCAGACUCGGACCCGGGCGAAUUUUCAAAAGCUUCCAAACUGUCUCAGCAAAUUGAAAACUAUGCUAAUCUGGGAGAAAAUCCAUUCCUUGAAUAUGCAAAGUUUGAUGGAAGGGCAAGUGUGGGAACUCUCUCUAAGAAAAUUGACAUAUUUUUAACCAUGUGUCCACCAGGAAUGAGGGAAUAUCCAAUCACAGUCAUUGUUGUAGCAACAGCUAAAAUUCAAGAUCUGAUUGGUCUAAUUUGCUGGCAAUACACCAAUGAAGAAAGAGAACCCAAGCUGAAUGAGAACAUAGAGAUGUACUGCCUUCAUAUCGCUGAAGAUGAUGGAGAAGUAGACACAGAUUUCCCCAGUCUGGAUAAUAGAGAACCUGUCUCUAAGUUUGGAUUCUCUAAGCUGGCUCUGGUAGAAAAAGACAUUCCUCCCCCGGCCAAUAACCGCUCCACACAUGUUGUAACUGUGCAUGUUCCAAACAGAGGUUUUAACAAAUUUCAAGUAGAGAAUAUGAAUACAACAAUUAGAGAAAUUCUACAGAGAGUGUUAAAGAGGAGGAAAGUCAAGAUAAGACCAGGUCAGCAGUACAAUAUGGAGAAACAGAGUGAGCCCGGCGUGUCAUUAGAGCUGGAUGCUACACUGGCCAGCAUGGACACACUUGAGUUCUGUCUUGUCAGGGAAAACAGUACAAGAGGGGAAAUGGAGGAUGAGAGAGAAGGUGACAUGUCCACCAUCGCAGACUCGCUGACGAGUCACCAGUAUAAGAGUUACAUAGUCAACAUGAUACACAGACUCCGGACUAACACAGAAGUUCAGCUAGGGAUAAGUGGGGAGAAAGUAGAAAUAGACCCAGUAGGAACAAAGGGUUCCGUCAAGUUCCUACGACAAAAAGCAGCUACUUAUCCAGCGGAUACGAUAGCCUCAGCAGACAUAAUAGAGGAAAAAUCAAAUGGGAAAUCACUGUUCCGCCUGACCUAUUUUACUGAUAAAGACAGUUAUAAACACCAUGACUUUGAAACUGAUGAAGAUAUAGCUAACGAAAUAGUGCAAAAAAUUAAAAAUAUUCUGGAAAUGAGGCUUAGUCCUGUACGAAAGGAUUAUGUUGCUAACAAGGAAAGGAAGCUAAAGAAGAGAGAGUCGUUAAGAUUUAGUUAGCAUUUAUCAUUCAUAAAUUUAUACCGUGUCAAACUAUCUCAGGUGCAGUUUACCACAGAUACAUGUAUAUGGAUUGCAGAAAACAAUAUGUAGAAAUAAAUAUGAAAAAAAUCUUUAAAAUAAAAAAGAUCUCAGAAAAUAA